GCAAAAAAAGGCUUAGUUACAGUUAUUCCGUAUUUUUUCAAAUUUAACUUGAGUUUCAUAAAAAAUCCGAGUUACUCAAAGCAAUUUAAAAAAUCAGAGAUAAAUGAGAACGUUUAUGAACACAAAUUUAAAUCGCUAAUAGAAAUACACGAGCAUAUCCGACAUCAAAUCCAUAGCUUGCAAGAAGAAGGUGAUUGUGAAAAAAAAAAAAUUUUACUUUGUAGAAAUAUUGAAAACUAUUCUGGAUUUGGUUCUAAUGUGCACCGAUACGGAGUAUGCAUGCAAGUUGCAUAUGGAUUAGGAAGAACCUUUUUCAUCCAUCAAAAUGAGUACAACCACUUUGAUGGCAUAUUUCAAUGGGUUAAACCGGAGUCAUUAAAAUGCGGUUAUUUGAAACAAAAAGUACUUGCUGGCAAACUAAACACUUGCAAUGCUCAAAAUCCAUCUUGUUAUUUAAGCAACGGCUAUGAUUUAAACAAUACUUAUCAAGUAAUUGAAUUUAACACUUUAGUUAGAAGAAUACCAUACCCGAGGCAUAUACCUGGGACUUUACCUGAAGAAUUAAGAAAAAAUUUGGUUUAUCUAAAGAUUGAAAAUCCAUGGCUUUGGUUUACAUCACAAUUUCUUUCUUACCUUUUAUUAAGGCCAAGCUUAAAGUUUAACGAAAAGGUAUCUGCUUUAAAGGAAGAGAUUAACUUUACCUUACCAAUUGUUGGUUUUCAUAUUCGACACGGUGAUAAGCUAACUAGAGGCGAAGCUAAGUAUAUUAAUGAAAAUGAAUUUGUACGGAUAGCAAGAGCGUAUUGUAAUGAAUACAAUUUCACUAAAAAGCAAAUUUAUAUUGCGACGGACGAUUUAGGAGCAAUAAACAAUACCAAAAAAUAUGCUCCAGACUUUCAAAUAACAAGUUUACCGCUCAGUUACUUAUUAAAUGGUUUAGGAUCAUAUUUUCAGAAAAACUUUCCAAAAGAAAUAAUAGAGAGUACAUUAGUUGAUUUAUAUUUACUUACUAGCACCAGUUACCUUGUAUGUGACAUCUCCUCGAAUAUAUGCAGAUUAGCUUACGAGUUAAAACAAGGGAUGCCGCCAUUUAAGCAAGAUAACAUAUUUAAACAAGUGAAUGAAGAAAUGCAGUUUUAUUACAGUUGGUGGGGUUUCGGAUUUCCGAAUUCAUUGUGGAUUAGUAAACAGGCGAAUACAGAUUCUGAAUAUAAAAGCAAAGAUGGCAAGGUUUUCAAAAUUUUAAAAUACGGAAAAGACUUAUUUACAAAAAUUGAAGCAAUUUCAAAUACAAACGUGUCAGAUUUAUUGUAUUUAAAACGAAUAACUCAAUUAUAUAAUGAAGAAAAUGGAUAUAUAUAUAAAAAAGAUCUAUUGGAGUGGCCCGGAACACCAAUAUAUCAUUUUUAUCCCUCCGAGAUAACUGAUUUCAAUAAUUAAAGUUUGUCAAAGAUUUCAAUUUUAAUGCAUCACGAAGUCUUUGGCCUCAUUUUUAACUUUACACUGAACGAAAAAUUGCGUCUAUUGUUUUUUUUGUACUGCAGCAUGUAAAAGCAAUAUGUAGUUGUUUAUUUUUGAAAUACUAUUAUAAAAUAGUUAUAAACUACUUUUAACUCAA